AUGAACCCAGCACAUCCACCACCGAGUCAAGGUGCGUCAUCGUCGGCGCGCUGUACAACAGCGCUCACCCACAUACUUGAAGAACUCGGUCUUGUCACAAUGUACCAGUCCACUCGCGAUGUCAAGUUUCUUUGUGCGCAGCGGUUCGUGCGUCUUUUCGCCUACGGUGGAUCGACAUUGAUUCUCGCGGCGUACCUGUCCGCUCUGGGAGUGACCGAGGAUCGAAUCGGACUGUUCAUGACCCUGACAUUGGUGGGGGAUGUAGGGAUCAGUUUUGUGUUGACGCUGUUUGCUGAUGCGAUGGGUCGCAAGGCUGUUUUGGCGUUGGGGUCGGUCUUGAUGGUCGGGAGUGGGCUGGUGUUUGCCUUGUCGGGGAACUUUUGGGUGCUUCUUGCGGCGGCGAUUUUGGGGGUGAUUAGUCCGAGUGGCAACGAGAUUGGACCCUUUCGCGCUGUGGAAGAAUCAACGCUCGCUCAUCUCACUCCGUCAGAAGAUCUGCCCGACGUCUUUGCAUGGUACUCAUUGCUGGGAAACGCGGGCACGGCUCUCGGUCAAUUGAUUUGUGGAUGGCUGAUCAGCUCAUUGCAAGUUCUGCACGGCUGGGCAUACAUUCCAUCGUGUCGGGUCAUUUUCUUGGUGUACGCCGGCAUCGGUUUGGUCAAAUUGAUACUCACGCUGGCCCUGACGCACAAGGUCGAGACGGAAGAGAAGCAGCAAACUCGGGAACAACGCAAGAAUGGCGAGACACAACCAUUGCUGGCUGACGCACCGUCAUCGAGAAGGGAACAAGACACGUCCCCCAAUACAGGAAGAACCUCUUUAUUUUCGUCCAUCGACAAGGAUCUUUGGUCUCUUGUAAUUCGACUGUUUAUCCUGUUUGGAAUUGACUCGUUUGCCUCGGGUCUUGCUUCGCUCUCCUGGAUGACCUACUUCUUCCACCGCAAAUUCAACCUUCCCGAAGGUCAGCUCGGCACCAUCUUCUUCUUCACCAGCUCCAUUUCCGCCGCAUCGAUGCUGGUAGCUUCCUCCAUUGCCAAGCGUAUCGGCAAUAUCAAGGUUCACAAUGGUCUUCACCCACCUCCCGUCCGCAAUUUGUCUAUCUCUCAUCUCCGUCCCGGCAGUCUCCCCCUAGCUCUCACCUUUCUUGUCCUCCGUGCCUGCUCUCAAAACAUGGACGUUGCACCGCGCUCGGCCUUUCUCGCCGCCGCACUUCCCGCUGACAAACGCACUGCGAUCAUGGGCGCGGUCAACGUCGUCAAGACGACCAGCCAAAGUCUGGGUCCGCUGUUGACGGGCAUUCUGGCCCGGCAUCACCGGUUUGGGGGUCUCGUUCAUGGUGGCGGGGUGGUGUUGAAGGUGAUGUAUGAUUUUGGGCAUGUUGGUCACUUUUGGCGGGAGAGAGGCGGAGACGAGGAGACGGGCUGUACUAGUACGUGA